UACCUUUCGGCUUUGCGGUUGAUCCGAGCAGGAGCUCUGGAGGUUCAUUGUCUCGGUUCGACUCCUAGAUGUGCAGUUUACUAUCUUGUAAUCUUUCUGUGCCUCGGUUUUUACACCUCUAAAAUGGGACUAAUUCUAGUACUUAUCUCAUAGGGUUAUUAUGUGGAUUAAAUGUUUGAAAACACAGCAAGUAGCUAAGUGGCACAUGGUAAGCACUAAGUAAGUGCUGGUUAUUGUUUUGUUGUUGAGGCUGAAGAAAAGAGGCGGAGUUAACAACUUGGAGGGGGUGGGGAGGGGAGCUUAGUAAGGGAUAUUUUAGGUAACAUGGCUGAGGCUGACGCGAUUUAUUCAUGCAACAACUAUUUACUAAGUGCCUUCUAUUUCCAGAUAUUAUUCUGGGUGCUUGGGCUACUGAAGUGAACAAAACAGAUAACACUCUGCACUUAUGGAGCUUACGUUCUAGUAAGGAGAGACAUAUUUAAGCAAAAUGUGUAAAAUACACAGUAAAUUAGAAGGCGAUAUAUGCUUACGGAUGCCAGGACAGAAGCUGCAUUUUAAAAAAUUAAUUAAUUAAUUAAUUUAUUUAUGGCUGCGUUGGGUCUUCAUUGCUGCUCCCGGGCUUUCUCUAGUUGCAGCGAUUGGGGGCUGCUCUUUGUAAUGGUGGGCGGGCUUCUCAUUGCAGUGGCUUCUCUUGUUGCGGAGCACAGGCUCUAGGCGCGUGGGAUUCAGUAGUUGUGGCGCGUGGGCUCAGUAGUUGUGGCUCACGGACUCUAGAGCGCAGGCUCAGUAGUUGUGGCGCACAGGCUUAGUUGCUCUGCGGCAUGUGGGAUCUUCCCGGACCAGGGCUCGAAUCCGUGUCCCCUGCAUUGGCAGGCGGAUUCUUAACCACUGUGCCACCGGGGAAGUCCCGGAAGCUGCAUUUUUUUAAAUAGGGUGAGCCAGGAAGAGCAGAAAGGCCUGAAGAAGGUAAGGGAAUGAGCUAUGUGGCCAUCUGGAGGAGCAUUCCAGGCAGAGAGAACAGCCAGUGCAAAUGCCCCAAGAUGGGAGCAUGCCUGGCUUGUUGGAGGAACAGCAAGGAAGCCAGGGUGGAUGGAGUGGAGUUAGUGAAGAGUAGAGUAAGAGAUGAGGCCAGAGAGGUAAGAGAAAGGGUAGUUUUUAGAGGGCUUUAUAGGCCAUGAGGAAGACUUUGACUUUUAAUCUGGAAGGUUUGUGAGUUGAAGAAAAAACGUGAAUUGACUGUGUUGAAAUGCUGUGUUAGCGGUAGACUGGGGGUGGGGGGGGCAGAAUGGGGAGCAGCAAAAGAGGCUACUGUGAUUUUCCAGGUAAGAGAUUGGUGAUGCUUGGGGCCAAAAGAGCGUUAUUGGAGAUGAAGAGAAGGGUUUGGAUUCUGGAUAUCAUUUGGGUCUCAAGCAGGGGUUCAAGCAGAUGAAGUCUGGGACUUGACCAUUGGACUUAACUACACAGAGCUCACUGCAUAGCAUCUUGAGAGAAGCAGUUCAAGGCUCUGGGAAGCGGGUGUCAAAAAUGUAAUCAGAGAGGUGGAAAUAAUGCAGCUAGACAACUCAAUGCAUUUUGCCAUCCAGGCGAAGCGCCUUCAGGACUGGAUAUGGGGUGGAUUGGAAAGAGAGGGAUCAAGGAUGUGUCCAGGGAUUCUUGACCUGAGAAUGGAGUUGGUAGUUCCACAAAUGGGGAACACUGGGGCUGGAGCUUGUUUGCAGGAAAACCAGGAAUAGAAUUUGGAUCUGUCAGAUGACAGGUGGAUCCCAAGGUGGAGAUGUGGAGGGCUAGUUGGAUAUUUGAGUCUAGGAUGGAGGGGGGAGUGCUGGGCUGGAGAGAUACACUUGGGAGUCAGCAUAUUUAUGCUCUUUAAACUCCUGAAUCUGGAUGAGCUUCCCAAAGGGAUGAGUGUAGCAUGUAGAUGGACCAGAGUAGAGGUCCAAGGCCUGAGCUCUGGGACUGUGUGUCUUUAAGAGGUCUGGGAGAUGGGGAGGAACCAUCCCAGGAGGCUGAGAAGGAACCUCGAGGGAGGUUCCAGAAGGUGUGGCACCCCGGAAGCCGAGCCAAGCAAGUAGAUGAAGGAGAGGAGCGUGAAGCUGCGUCUCAAGCAGGAGUUCAAGCAGAUGAAGUCUGGGACUUGACCGUUGGACUUAACUACACAGAGGUCACUGCAUGGGACCUUGAGAGGAGCAGUUCAAGGCUCUGGGAGGGGGGAUGUAAAAAGUGUGAUUGGAGAACUGGAAAUAAUGCAGCUAGACAACUCAAUGAAUUUUGCCAUCAAGCUGAACAGGUAAAUGGGGCAGGAGCUCCAGAAGGAGUGAGGUCAAGACAGCCUUUCUUAUGGGAGAAAGAAUGGUAUGCUGUAUGCUGAUGGGAAUAAUGUAGACGAGAAGGACAAAUUGAUAAUGUGGGGAGAGAGGGGAGAAUUGCUGGAAGGUGGUGGAGGGAUUGACCAGAGCUAGGAGUGGGGAUGGUUUAUCAAAUUGAUAACAUGGGGAGAGAGUGGAGAAAAUCGCCACAGGAUCAGAGGGUUGAAUAAUGGGGCGGGAGCUUCUGGAAGUUCUCUUCUGAUUCUGUUCUCUCAGUAAAAGAAGCAAAGUUAGUGUCUGAAGUGUGAGGAUGGGGGAGGGGAGUAGAAAGGGGAGGGGUGUGACCUGAAUGGGCUUGGAUUUGCUCAGUGAAGGAGACGGGGCUAAGGCCGAGGCCGUGGCUUUGUCCUUAAGUGUCAGAACCUCAAACCAGGAGAAACUUUGCGUCUCAAUCUUGUGCUCGGGUAUAGGCGGGGCCAAAAAUUUGGGAGGCGCCUCGCUGCACAGGCUCCAGAGAAGUGGGCGGAACCAGGCCUGGGCGGAGCCGAGAGAUGCCCACGCCCCGCCCACCUCCACCUGGCCUGCAGGGGACCAGCUGCUGAGCGCCCGAGUGUUCUUCGAGAACUUCAAGUACGAGGACGCACUACGCCUGCUGCAAUGCGCCGAGCCUUACAAGGUCUCCUUCUGCCUGAAGCGCACUGUGCCCACCGGGGACCUGGCGCUGCGGCCUGGGACCGUGGCCGGCUACGAGAUCAAGGGCCCGCGGGCCAAGGUGGCCAAGCUGAACAUCCAGAGUCUGUCCCCUGUGAAGAAGAAGAAGAUGGUGGUGCCCGGGGCCCUGGGGGUCCCUGCAGACCUGGCCCCUGUUGACGUCGAAUUCUCCUUUCCCAAGUUCUCCCGUCUGCGUCGAGGCCUCAAAGUCGAGGCUGUCAAAGGUCCUGUCCCAGCUGCCCCCACCCGCCGGCGCCUCCAGCUGCCUCGGCUACGUGUCCGAGAAGUGGCCGAAGAGGCCCAGGUAGCCCGACUGGCCGCUGCAGCUCCUCCCCCCAGGAAGGCCAAAGCAGAGGCCGAGGGGGCUGCAGGAGCCCGAUUCACAGCUCCCCAGGUGGAGCUGGUUGGGCCUCGGCUGCCGGGUGCUGAGGUGGGUGUCCCCCAGGUCGCAGCCCCCAAGGGGGAGGUGGCCCCUGCAGCAGAGGUAGUCAGCGGCUUUGCCCUCCACUUGCCAACCCUUGGGCUGGGAGCCCCAGCUGCACCUGCUGUGGAACCUGCGGCUGGAGGGAUCCAGGUCCCACAAGUGGAGCUGCCCACCUUGCCCUCGCUACCCACUCUGCCCACACUUCCCUGUCUGGAGACCCGGGAAGGGGCUGCGGCAGUGACGGUGCCCACCCUGGACGUGGCAGCGCCUACAGUGGAGGUGGACCUGGCCUUGCCUGGUGCAGAGGUGGAAGCCCGAGUAGAGGCGCCUGAGGUGGCCCUGAAGAUGCCCCGCCUCAGUUUCCCUCGCUUUGGGGCUCGAGCAAAAGAAGUUGCCGAGGCCAAGGUGGCCAAGGGCAGCCCUGAGGCCAGGGUGAAGGGGCCCAAACUUCGAAUGCCCACCUUUGGGCUUUCUCUCCUGGAGCCCCGGCCCGCUGCCCCUGAAGCCGUUGAGAGCAAGCUGAAGCUGCCCACCAUCAAGAUGCCCUCCUUUGGCAUCGGGGUCUCGCCGCCCGAGGCCAAGGAGACCAAGGGGCCUGAGGUGAAGCUCCCCAAGGCCCCAGACGUCAAGCUCCCCAAAAUGCCCGAGGCAGCCCUUCCAGAUGUGCGACUCCCAGAGGUGGAGCUCCCCAAAGUGUCAGAGAUGAAACUCCCAAAGGUGCCGGAGAUGGCUGUGCCAGAGGUGAGGCUUCCAGAGGUGCAGCUGCCGAAAGUCCCUGAGGUGAAACUCCCAAAGGUGCCGGAGAUGGCCGUGCCCGAAGUGCAGCUCCCGAAAGUUCCGGAGCUGAAGCUGCCGAAGGUACCCGAGAUGAAAUGCCCCGAAAUGAAACUCCCGAAGGUGCCCGAGAUGGCCGUGCCAGAGGUGCGACUGCCAGAGGUACAGCUGCCAAAAGUCUCGGAGAUAAAACUCCCCAAGUUGCCCGAGAUGGUCGUGCCGGACGUGCACCUCCCGGAAGUGCAGCUGCCAAAGGUGUCGGAGAUGAAAGUCCCCGAGAUGAAGCUCCCGAAGGUGCCCGAGAUGGUCGUGCCGGACGUGCACCUCCCGGAAGUGCAGCUGCCAAAGGUCUCAGAGCUAAAACUCCCCAAGUUGCCCGAGAUGGUCGUGCCGGACGUGCACCUCCCGGAAGUGCAGCUGCCAAAGGUGUCGGAGAUGCGGCUGCCGGAAGUGCAGGCGCCAAAGGUCCCGGAUGUGCAUCUGCCGAAGGCACCUGAGGUGAAGCUGCCCAAGGCUCCGGAGGUGCAGCUAAAAGCUGCCAGGGCAGAGGAAGCAGAGGGGGUGGAAUCUGGCUUCAAGAUGUCCAAGAUGACCAUGCCCAAGCUAGGGAGGGCAGAGUCCCCAUCUCGCGGCAAGCCAGAUGAGGCAAGUGCUGAGGUCUCGGGGAAGCUGGUGACACUUCCCUGUCUGAAGCCAGAGAUGGGCAGCGAGGCUCGUGUGGGUGUCCCCCUUCUCACACUGCCCUCAGUGGAACUAGACCUGCCCGGGGCCUUCGGCCUGCAGGGGCAGGUCCCUGCAGCCGACGUGGGCAAGGUGGAGCAGUCAGAAGCCCCUGGGGUGGUAGCAGGGGUCAGGGAAAUGGCCUUCUGGUUGCCCUCCGUUGAGAUUGUCACGCCACAGCUGCCCACAGUGGAGGCUGAGGAAAGGCAAGUAGAGGUGACGGAGGUGAAAGUCAAGCCUUCCUCCAAGUUCUCCCUGCCCAAGUUUGGACUCUCGGGGCCAAAGGUGACCAAGGCAGAGGCUGAGGGGGCCGGACGAGCUGCCAAGCUAAAGGUGUCCAAGUUUGCCAUCUCACUCCCCAAGGCUCGGGUGGGCACCGAGGUGGAGGCCAGAGGGACGGGGGAGGCAGGCCUGCUGCCCGCCCUCGAUCUGUCCAUCCCACAGCUCAGCCUGGAUUCCCAUCUGCCCACAGGCAAGGUGGAGGUGGCAGGGACUGACGCCAAGCUCAAGGGGUCCAGGUUCAGCCUGCCCAAGUUUGGGGUCAGAGGCCGGGACAGCGAGGCAGGAGAACUAGUGCCAGGGGCGACUGAGUUGGAGGGCAAGAGCAGGGGUUGGGAUGCGAGGGUGAAGAUGCCCAAGCUGAAGAUGCCCUCCUUUGGGCUGGCUCGAGGGAAGGAAGCAGAAAUCCAGGGGGGGCGAGUCAGCCCCGGGGAAAAGCCAGAGUCCACGGCUGUGCAGCUUAAGAUCCCUGAGGUGGAAUUGGUUACUCUGGGGGCCCAGGAGGAAGGGCAAAUGUCCGCCACCAGGCAGGUGGGCACUGAGGGCCAGGAUGGGGGGCCGAGGGGGCCACUCUGCAUCUCCCUGCCCCAGGUGGAGCUGCCCAGCUUUGGGGAGGCUGACCUGGGUGCCACCCCCGGGCAGCAGGCCAAGAAUGCACCUCCUCCAGCAGAGGGCACCCCAGGCUAUAGGAUCCAGGUGCCUCAGGUGACCUUGUCUCUACCCGGAGCCCAGGUGGUGGGUGGUGAGCCGCUCGAGGGUGAGGGUGUCUUCAAGAUGCCCGCUGUGACAGUGCCGCAGCUUGAGCUGGACGUGGGGCUGAGCCGAGAGGUGCAGGCGGGUGAGGCGGCCACAGGUGAGGGCGCGCUGAGGCUGAAGAUGCCGACGCUGGGGGCUAGAGAUGCGGCGGGGGGUGAGGGGCCUAGGGACCAGCCCCCAGGGGCCGAGUGCCCCUUCCACCUCUCGCUGCCUGACGUGGAGCUCUCCCCGCCCGCUGUGGGCAGCCACGCUGAAUACCAGGUGUCUGAGGGCGAGGGGGAUGCCGGACACAAGCUCAAGGUGCGGCUGCCCCGGUUCAGCCUGGCACGGGCCAAGGAGGGGGUUGAGGAGUCCGAGAAGGCCAAGAACCCAAAACUCAGGCUGCCCCGCGUGGGCUUCAGCCAGAGCGAGGCGGCCAGUGGGGAAGGCUCCCCCAGCCCCGAGGACGAGGAAGAGGAGGGCUGCGGGGAAGGGGCCUCCGGGCGCCGGGGCCGCGUCCGAGUCCGCUUGCCCCGUGUGGGCCUGACUACCCCCUCCAAGGCCCCUCGGGGGCAGGAGGGCGAGGCGGCCCCCAAGUCACCUGGAGGGGAGAAGUCACCCAAGUUCCGCUUCCCCCGGGUGUCCCUAAGCCCCAAGGCCCAGGAGGAAGGUGGAUUCCGGGUCCGGCUGCCCAAUGUGGGGUUUUCGGAGACAGGGCCUCCAGGCCCCACGAGGAUGGAGGGGGCUCAGGCUGCCGUCAUCUGAAACCCCUCAGCAGAGGGAGACUCCCCUCCCGUCUUCCCAUCCCCCUCCUCGUUUUGUGUGUGAGAUAACUAGCACUAACCCUCAGAGGGCUGGGAGGCGGGCGACUGACCAGGUCAGGGCCGGGGAGUCCGUGCCUGACUCUUUGGCAGGAGUGCCCGUAUCUUGCCAAGCCAUGUGAAUAAAAUAAUCCAGAGGUAGCUUUGUGUCAGGUCUCCUCUGUGUGUGUGUUUGUUGGGGGGUGGGGCGCGGGUGCAGAGAAAGGAGUCCCUUGAGGAUGGCCUGAAAGGAUGCUUUGUGCAGUGAGACAGGCCACCCCUGGUCUGAGGAGACUCUGGGAGGCCUUGGGGUGGGCCCGGUGGGAGGGGGCUGUCCUAGCCCUUCAGAAUUCCCAGGGGCCUCUGAGCUGGGGAAGUUCCCCAGCAGAACCCAGCUGCGGGACCCCUCUGCGGGAGACUCUGCCUGUGCUGCGGGACCCACUCCUGCCAGGACAACCCCAGGGCCUCCACCCCAGGCACCUGGCUGCCCUCUUAGGACUAAGUCCCAGGGUCCUCAGCCCCUACUGGGGCUGGACCUCAGCCUCCAGGGACCCAUCUCCACUCAGGAUCCAAGUCCCUAAGCCCCCUCCAGGGUCCCCAGGCUCCCCCAUUUCUCUCUGAGAUGCCCUAGACAAGCUGUCUAGUCCCGAAUCUCCCC